CCAAUCCUGAGAAAUACCACACGGCACACAGCUGUUAACUCUUACACAACCUCCAUAUCUACCAGUGAACCUUCCCUCAGAUGCUGUAGACAGGUCUUGAAUCGUUCAACUCAAACACCAGCAAAUAUAUCAAGAGAAAUCCUCCUCUGUUCCCGAAGGCCAGGUAGACCUAUGGUUAGCUCCAGGGAGAACUUAAAUGCCAGUGGCAGGAGGAGAGAGGAAAUUGAACUCUCUCAAAUAAGACCGGAGAGAGAAUAUAAAAAUGGAACGGACACUAGAAGAUUGCCGCGGCAGCUGAGCAGAGCUUAUUUUGGCGCCAAACUUUACAACUCUGGCCCUGGCCUAGUGUCCAACACUGUGUCUGAAGACAAGGCCUCUAGGGUUCUCGGGAUUGUAUUUUGCUGUUUUAUCCUUUGCUGGACUCCCUUCUUUGUCAUGAAUCUUGUCACCAGCGUCUGUGAGUCGUGCUCUCCCCCCUCCUGGUUGGGUGAUAUAGCACUCUGGUCAGGGUGGUUCUCAUCCACCAUCAACCCCUUGAUUUAUACGAUAUUCAAUGUCAAGUUCAGACGCUGCUUUGUCCGUAUAUUGAAGUGUAGGUUUGGUAGUGGAUACAAUACACAGAACUCUAUGUUUUUCUCUUAGAUCAGCUUAUCAGCUUGUUUGAUCAACUUAUUCCAGAUCAGCAAAUCCCAGAUCAGCUGAUUCCAGAUCAGUUGAUUUCCGAUCAGCUGAUUCCAGAACAGCUAAUCCCAGUUAAACUGAUUCUAGAUCAGCUGAUUCCGAAACCCCUAAUCCCAGUUCAACUGAUUCCAGAUCUAUUGAUUACAAAUCAGCUGAUUCCAGAUCAUCUGAUUACAAAUCAGCUGAUUUCAAAUCAGCUGAUUCCAGAUCAGCGGAUUCCAAAAUAGGUGAUGCCAGAUCAGAAGAUUCCAAAUCAGCUGAUUCCAGAUCAGUUAUUUUCAGUUUAACUGAUUCCAGAUCGGCUGAUUCCAAAUCAGCGGAUUCCCGAUCAGCUAAUUCCAUUUCAACUGAUUCCAGAUCAGCUAUAAAUUCCAGUUCAACUGAUUCUAGAUCAACUGAUUCCAGAUCACCUAAUACUAGUUCAACUUAUUCCAAAUCAGCUAUACCCAGGUCAACUGAUUCCAGAUAAGCCGAUUUCAGAUUUGCUAAUUCCCAAUUUGCUGAUAUUAGUUUAGCUGAUUCAUGAUAAAACGGAUAAUAUCAAAAAUAACUGGUGAUUGAUGCCUCUGCUCUUAGUCAAGUAUUUCGUCGAUAUUCAAUUAAAUUGUAAUAUUUAUAAUUAAUCAUUCAAGUGACUGGAUAUUAGAAUCUUGAAACUGAAGUUUGUUGCGGAUUUGUUAAAUGUCUUCUUUAUAAAAAUCAGUCAAAAUAUUUGAGACACACCAUAUCUCAACCUAUAUAAACUGUGUUAAGAAUCAAGAAAAGUAUUUUUAAGAAUGAAUAUCGGAUUUUCCUUUCGGUUAUUAAAUUUGUUUACCUUAGGAUUUUCCCAUAGCUUUUCAAGCUUGUAUUGUAUCAUUGUAUUGUUGUUUGAUGUUUGUUUGCUUUAAUGCUUAUACAUUUAUAUUUCGAUCAGAAAUCCUAAGAGUGGGGAGUGGGGACACAUUUUUUACUGCUCUGGCCAAUCCCACUUUCUCGUUAUAAAGGAAUUGUCUUCAGUGUAAAAAAGAUUCACUUAAAAUUAAAAGACUGUAUAGACGCAACUUAAAGGAUUCACAACGGUACCUUUAAAUUGAUUUCCUCGAUGGUAUCUGCAGCAUUAAUCCACAACUCACAAUUCUACCUAAAGACCACAAUUGAGAUAAAUCAAUUUUUGGCUGGAAAAAUAAGGAUUUCUUUUGACUUUUGAAUAUAGGUUUAAGGUUCAAGUUGUGAAUCUUUAUAAAAAAACUGUUUAGUAUUUUUUUAGCCAAUAUUCUAGAAAGUGUAAAAAAAAGUUAAAAAGUGUUAAAAAAAAUAUAUAAAAUGUCUCGUUUUUCUGAGUAAAUGUGGUGAAUUAUAUAAUCCAGUCAAUGAGCAUUGAACAGUGCUAUGUAUAAUUAAAAAGCUUAAUUAAAGUGUAGAAUAAGAAACUAAAUGGCCCAGGGGGGAUCUGAAUAGUUUUACAAAAAGAACCCAUCUCUUUAAGAAAAUAAUUCUUUCAACAAUAUUAACUCGAGGGACAAAACCUUGUUUAAAACUCAAGUGGGGGGAAUCAGAGGAUUGUAUUAUUAAUUCCAAUAAUACUUUGGGUUUGUGUUAAAAAGUAAAUCUCAAAUUCUAAAAAAAUAUGUAAAUGUAACUAAUUCUUAAAGAUUUUAUUUUGUAAAAUAUCGAUGGAGAAUCGAAACCUAAUAUCGUUAUAAAAAAAUUUAAAUCUCAAAUUCUAAAAAAAUAUGUAAAUGUAAGUAAUUCUUAAAGAUUUUAUUUUGUAAAAAAAUCGAUGGAGAAGAUGUAGAAUCGAAAAAUAAUAUCGUUAUAAAAAAAUUUAUCUCAUAACUUUGUAAAAAAAAUGAGGGUAAAAUCUCCAAUCCCAAGUUAUUUUAAUCAACAGUGCUGUGGAUUAUUUAUAUUAAAUAAUCUAAACUAAUUGAUCUCAAAUUAUCAAAUUAUUGUAAAUGUAUGAAAAAAAUGUAGAUGUUUGUCUUAAAGGUUGUCGUGAUGCAGUGAGACCUAUAAAACUGUGAAAUAAAAAAAUUACAUUUAAGCAAUAUGUGUUCUGUGUUCCUGUGUUCCUGCGUUCCUGUGUUCCUGUGUUCCUGUGUUCCUGCGUUCCUGUGUUCCUGCGUUCCUGUGUUUCAUGUUUAUGGUACUUUUCAAAAUCCCACAUUUUUAUGGACCCCACUGUAGUAAUAACUUUGUAGUUUUCAGUAUCAUAAUAAUGAUUCAUGUUUAAUGUUUAUCAUUAAUUAAAAAUUCAUUAUACUAAAUGUCAUUUUGCUAUUAGUGAGUAUAUCGUAUACAAUAUACGUGGCAAAUAAACUAAUUU